GCCACGCAGAAGCUUCAACUAUAACCUUAGAUCCUCGUAGUCCUUCAAAAUAUAAGCAAAUGUCAAGCCAGCGCAUUGCACGGCCCAUAACGACCCAUUUUAAUGAGCCAAAUGAUGAGAGUUCGACUCGACCGGUGAAGAGGGUGAAGCGCAGCAAUGCCACACAGGACAAAACACAAGGGCACCUGUCGUCAUUACAGUUGGAAAGAGCUAGCAUUGAAGACGUCAAGCAUAUCGACGAGGUGGAAUCUGUAGAUGCCCAAAAAACAGAUCUGGAGAUUGUGUUGCCGCCUAUCCCGACAGAUCAAGAGGCCAUCGAUGAAUACGAAAAAUGGCGCGCUGCUGAUGAGGACUCGAAUGCACAUGCUACUACAGAAGAACGCCUGGCGAGUAGAACUUGGGCGAAAGGAAAGAACUCAAUUUAUGUGGACGCCUUUAAUCUCAUUCUAGAUACUGUAUUGAAAGAUGAGGAGCACUUGUUCAAUGAUGCAGAGAAAGGACUUUUUCAGCACUGGAAAGCACUAAGUUAUGAAGCGCAGUAUCUAUAUGUUAGACUUUUUUUAAGGAAGACUUCGGCGUGGCAUAGGAUCAAUGGAUUAGGAUAUCAUAGCGACAUUGGAAAUCUCGAUGCUGCAAUUGAGGAGCUGCAGAGGCGCCGACAGUUGCCCUCCUCAUCCUCACAUCCAGAGAGCUAUCCUGGGAAAUUGGAACCACCUGAUGGUACGGCGCUUGCACAAAGCUUUACUUUCGCAGAUCAUUCGAAAUCGAUUUCCUCGCUGGAGGAGGCCUCGUCACUGUUAAGGCUAGACGAGCUGAAGAUGUUGGCCAGGGAUGCUAAAAUUCAGGGCAAAAACAAAAAAGAGCUCUUGCACGCGCUACACAAGACCAGUCGGCAACAAGUAGGAUUGAUGGCAAGCUUGAAGAGGGUAGAUACGACAGCUUCGAGCCAUUCGUCGGGAGAUCAACCCCCCCGCAGUGGCUCAGUGACACCAUCUUCAUACGAAAAUGAGGAUGACGAUCGAAACAGAGAUAUCCAUUUCACGAGGAAAAUCUUAAUUGAGACUGGACCUUGUAUUAGACUUAGUCUUGCACCUCUGAAACUCUUCGAAAGGGUUCAUCUUGUUUUUUAUCGCUCAACGGAGUGGACGGAUAAGUCCCUUACGGCUAUUAUUCUUGCGAAAAUUACACGAUGGAAUUUCCCGGAGUACAUAGUUUCAAGAUCAGCUAGCAUUUUCGGAUCAAGAGGACUGCUCCUUGAGUACGAAGCAGCUCUCCGGACACAAUUCAAAGUGGACAACAUUCUUGAAUAUAAUGGCCCGCCUACCAAAGAAGAUCUGGACUGGAUCUUGGACACGUACAAAGUGAUCUAUCCACGAUGGAGGGCACUACUCGAAGAGGAGCAACAGAAGGAAAAUAGUAUGUAUCAGAGCGGCGAGGGUGCCUAUCUACGUCGGCUCUCUCCUGCUUGGGUUUAUACUCGAAUAUUACACAAAGCGAGUGAGAUACUAGGGCGAAGAAAAGAGCAUGAAGAAGAACACCGAUUGCUGAGCGAGCUUCUAGAGCAGCGAUUAUUUCAUCACGCUAGGCGGGGUGCUUGGUAUCAGCGUAAAGCUCUACUCGAAGAACAUUACAUGCACAGCUGGAUACCAAGAGAGAGGCGGAGUGAGGAUUCACACAAGCGAUAUUCGAAGAGAAUUGCACUACAAACAUGCGAGGAAGGCCUACAGGAUCCUCUCGUACAUCUGAUCUAUCACUAUGAUCUACAGAAGCGUGUAACGAAGCUCGAGAAGAGCUUGAAGAUACCCAAGCGUGAGCAGCACACAUUCUCGCACGUCCGGCUAGCAACAGCCAAGGAAGUCAAUAUCGAGGGUAUCCGUGUUGAAAGAGAUCUCGAUGGACUGGUCAAAAAUAGAAGAAACAGCUCCCCCCAUGCGGGAAAAGCUGCUGGGCGAGGAACGAAGACAAUCUGGCUCGAUCCCUUAGAAGACAACGGCGAAUGUUCAGUUGAAGCAAUGUGCCUUUCAUACUAUCGAUCAAAGGGGUGGAAAGGCUAUCACUGCGAGGGACGUCUUGCACGAACGCUUUUCGCGUAUCUAUUCUACGACGUACUCUUCACCUAUAUCCCCAACGUCUUCCAGACACAGUUCCAAACAUGUCCUUUAGACCUCCAUACAGAUGCAUUCUAUCCCACACGACUUAGCGAAAUCAAUCAGCGGCUCCUCCAAAUAUCGAAUGGCGAAGCACCCAGUCUCAUCCGCCGCGUUUGGGACGAACACCAUGCUCGUCAGACAUGUGUCAUUGGACUGGAUUGGACUUACCCUCUUAACGAUCUUUUGGAGAUAACGGAGCUGUUUCCCGGUGAUGCAUUGGCUCUUAUAUGCAAAGUGCUCGCGCAGGAAUAUGGACAACGUAGUGGCGGAAUGCCGGAUCUGUUCCUUUGGCAUACAGAAAGAAGAGAGAUCAAGUUUGCUGAGGUGAAGAGUGCGAACGAUCGGCUGAGUGAUACACAAAGAUUAUGGAUCCAUGUGCUCACAGGAGCUGGUAUUCGGGUGGAAUUGGCGAAUGCUAUUGCAAAGGAAGUGGUCCGGAGAUGAGGUGUGAAAAAGCGGCUUGCAUGGCGGCGAAAUCAUAGUGAUUGACGACGAUAAAGUGAUAGCCAAUCUAGACUUGGUCUUCUGUAGAGUUCAGCUCACAAGGAUUAAACUAAC